GAACCCCACACGGCGCUGUGUAAUGCGAAUGCAUCGUUGUACAAGCCCAUACCUUGCCUGCCUGGGGGACGGGGCGAGUAUACGCGCGCUGGACGAUGCUCCAGCAUCAACACAUCGUGGGAUUUUUGCUUGUCCCAGAUAGGCAGAUCCUUCCCUUCACCGCAGUUGCCCCCAUCCAUGGGCAUGGCUUCGGAGACGAGUAUAAGUAGAGGGCUUUCUGUCCAGGAAGUAGAUGCCGUCUCUCUUCUUUUUUUUCCUCAACCCACGGGCUCAUACUCCUUCAUUCUCUCGCUCUCUGAACAUCCCAGCCAAAUAAUUUGCUAGUCGCUUGUUUCCUCCUUGGAAGACUUUCAUCUCGCCAAUCAUCAUGUUCAGCCUCAAGUCUGCCGUCACGGCCGCCCUGCUCGCCGCGGGCUCCAUGGUCAGCGCUGACUCGUUCCCCUUUGAGCGUCUCAACAAGAAUGACUCCGUCUUGAUCAUUCUCGACAUCCAAGUCGGUCUGUACCAGCUGGCACGCGACUUUGACCCUACUCUGUACCAGCAGAACAUCCUGGCCCACGCUGCUCUGGGCAAGGUCUUUGACAUUCCUACCAUCAUCACCACGUCCGCCGAGACUGGCCCCAACGGCCCUACCUCCAAGGACAUCCUGGACAUGUACCCCAACCACACCAUCGUCAAGCGCAACGGCGAGGUCGACGCCUGGGACAAUGCCGAGUUCCGCAAGGCCGUCGAGGCAACGGGCAAGAAGCAGGUGAUCCUGGCCGGCAUCGUGACGGACGUGUGCACCACCUUUGCCGCGCUGUCCCUGCGCGACGCCGGGUACAGCGUCUGGGCCAACAUCGAGGCCUCGGGGACCACCACCGCCCUGAUCCGCGACGUCUCCAACAGCCGCAUGGAGCGCGCCGGCGUCCAGAUGGUCUCGCUCUUCAGCAUCGUCUGCGACCUCAUGCGCGACUGGCGCGAGACCCCCGGCGCCGUCCAGCUCCUCCCCUGGCUCGACAGGUACAUGCCCGCCUACGGCUACCUGGCCCGCGGCCACGUCGCGGCUGUCAGGAACGGUACCAUCAUCCCGGGCUCGGAGAACCUGCAGUAAAGGGGGAUCUUGCUCCGGUGGUCUCUUUAGGCGUGAGGCUCUUUCUUUUCUGAUGGGAGGGAAAACAGCGGUACAUAGAUAGACUGGGGAUACAAGGGAUGGAAGAGAUGGUAAAAAAAGAGGACUUGAUCUAGGAGUGGUGGGUGUUGUGAGGGUCGACGGCCUAGGCUUGUUAUUCUCGCAACUCCCGUCACUGGCUAGAUCAGCUCGUGUAUAUUCAGCAGUGGAUAUCCGAUUGGCUGCCAAGGGCAUAGCUUUCCAGGCAGUUGACAAAACUAAUUAGAACAAAGCGAAAUUUCUUGCAUAUUCGGGGC